UCCAUCAUUUACUAUUUCCUAAAAAUGGCUGACACCGGGCAGGAACCCGAGUUAUUGUUUUUUGAUACAUUUUCUCACGAAAGCGCUGAGGAGUUAAAUUUAGACUUGGUACAGUUUCCAAGGCCAGUAAUAAUUCAGGAAAUCAGGGUUAUCCCCCUUCAAACCAAAGUAGAAGCAGAUGUACCAGGAGGUGUAAGGCUAGGGGCUACUAACCCAUCUAUAUUCAAAUUAGAAUUAUUUGUCAACAACCUGAGUAAACCUAAUGCAGCAACCUUUGAGAGUCUUGGAGUGCUGGAUUACAAAGAGAAUGUGAAUAUUCAACUGAAGACUGACAGUGAGGUACCAACAGAUGGACUGAUCUUAAAGGGAUGGUACAAUACUAUCACUGUUGCUAUCUAUGGAGAACUGACCAUUGUGAAGCAGGAUCAUCAUUCAUCCCCACCCCCUCCUCCGCCACCACAGCCCAGGGCUAAACCUCAGAGUAAGUAUAGAGAACUGACCAUUGUAAAGCAGGAUCAUCAUUCAUCCCCACCCCCUCCUCCGCCACCACAGCCCAGGGCUAAACCUCAGAGUAAGUAUAGAGAACUGACCAUUGUAAAGCAGGAUCAUCAUUCAUCCCCACCCCCUCCUCCUCCACCACAGACCAGGGCUAAACCUCAGAGUAAGUAUAGAGAACUGACCAUUGUAAAGCAGGAUCAUCAUUCAUCCCCAACCCCUCCUCCGCCACCACAGCCCAGGGCUAAACCUCAGAGUAAGUAUAGAGAACUGACCAUUGUAAAGCAGGAUCAUCAUUCAUCCCCACCCCCUCCUCUGCCAUUACAGCCAAGGGCUAAACCUCAGAGUAAGUAUAGAGAACUGACCAUUGUAAAGCAGGAUCAUCAUUCAUCCCCAACCCCUCCUCCGCCACCACAGCCCAUGGCUAAACCUCAGAGUAAGUAUAGAGAACUGACCAUUGUAAAGCAUGAUCAUCAUUCAUCCCCAACCCCUCCUCCACCACCACAGCCAAGGGCUAAACCUCAGAGUAAGUAUAGAGAACUGACCAUUGUAAAACAGGAUCAUCAUUCAACCCCACCCCCUCCUCCACCACCACAGCCAAGGACUAAACCUCAGAGUAAAUAUAGAGAACUGACCAUUGUAAAGCAGGAUCAUCAUUCAUCCCCACCCCCUCCUCUGCCACCACAGCCCAGGGCUAAACCUCAGAGUAAGUAUAGAGAACUGACCAUUGUAAAGCAGGAUCAUCAUUCAACCCCACCCCCUCCUCCUCCACCACAGCCUAGGGCUAAACCUCAGAGUAAGUAUAGAGAACUGACCAUUGUAAAGCAGGAUCAUCAUUCAUCCCCACCCCCUCCUCCGCCACCACAGCCAAGGGCUAAACCUCAGAGUAAGUAUAGAGAACUGACCAUUGUAAAGCAGGAUCAUCAUUCAUCCCCACCCCCUCCUCCUCAACCACAGCCCAGGGCUAAACCUCAGAGUAAGUAUAGAGAACUGACCAUUGUGAAGCAGGAUCAUCAUUCAUCCCCACCCCCUCCUCCGCCACCACAGCCCAGGGCUAAACCUCAGAGUAAGUAUAGAGAACUGACCAUUGUAAAGCAGGAUCAUCAUUCAUCCCCACCCCCUCCUCCGCCACCACAGCCCAGGGCUAAACCUCAGAGUAAGUAUAGAGAACUGACCAUUGUGAAGCAGGAUCAUCAUUCAUCCCCACCCCCUCCUCCUCCACCACAGCCCAGGGCUAAACCUCAGAGUAAGUAUAGAGAACUGACCAUUGUAAAGCAGGAUCAUCAUUCAUCCCCACCCCCUCCUCCGCCACCACAGCCCAGGGCUAAACCUCAGAGUAAGUAUAGAGAACUGACCAUUGUAAAGCAGGAUCAUCAUUCAUCCCCACCCCCUCCUCCUCCACCACAGACCAGGGCUAAACCUCAGAGUAAGUAUAGAGAACUGACGAUUGUAAAGCAGGAUCAUCAUUCAUCCCCACCCCCUCCUCCUCCACCACAGCCCAGGGCUAAACCUCAGAGUAAGUAUAGAGAACUGACGAUUGUAAAGCAGGAUCAUCAUUCAUCCCCAUCCCCUCCUCCGCCACCACAGCCAAGGGCUAAACCUCAGAGUAAGUAUAGAGAACUGACCAUUGUAAAGCAGGAUCAUCAUUCAUCCCCACCCCCUCCUCUGACACCACAGCCCAGGGCUAAACCUCAGAGUAAGUAUAGAGAACUGACCAUUGUAAAGCAGGAUCAUCAUUCAACCCCACCCCCUCCUCCACCACAGCCCAGGGUUAAACCUCAGAGUAAGUAUAGAGAACUGACCAUUGAUCAUCAUUCAUCCCCAUCCCCUCCUCCUCCACCACAGCCCAGGGCUAAACCUCAGAGUAAGUAUAGAGAACUGACCAUUGUAAAGCAGGAUCAUCAUUCAUCCCCUCCCCCUCCUCCGCCACCACAGCCCAGGGCUAAACCUCAUAGUAAGUAUAGAGAACUGACCAUUGUAAAGCAGGAUCAUCAUUCAUCCCCACCCCCUCCUCCUCCACCACAGCCCAGGGCUAAACCUCAGAGUAAGUAUAGAGAACUGACCAUUGUAAAGCAGGAUCAUCAUUCAUCCCCACCCCCUCCUCCUCCACCACAGCCAAGGGCUAAACCUCAGAGUAAGUAUAGAGAACUGACCAUUGUAAAGCAGGAUCAUCAUUCAUCCCCAUCCCCUCCUCCGCCACCACAGCCAAGGGCUAAACCUCAGAGUAAGUAUAGAGAACUGACCAUUGUAAAGCAGGAUCAUCAUUCAUCCCCAACCCCUCCUCCACCACCACAGCCAAGGGCUAAACCUCAGAGUAAGUAUAGAGAACUGACCAUUGUAAAACAGGAUCAUCAUUCAUCCCCACCCCCUCCUCCUCCACCACAGCCAAGGGCUAAACCUCAGAGUAAGUAUAGAGAACUGACCAUUGUAAAGCAGGAUCAUCAUUCAACCCCACCCCCUCCUCCUCCACCACAGCCCAGGGCUAAACCUCAGAGUAAGUAUAGAGAACUGACCAUUGUAAAGCAGGAUCAUCAUUCAUCCCCACCCCCUCCUCCGCCACCACAGCCCAGGGAUCAUCAUUCAUCCCCACCCCCUCCUCCUCCACCACAGCCCAGGGCUAAACCUCAUCGUAAGUAUAGAGAACUGACCAUUGUAAAGCAGGAUCAUCAUUCAUCCCCACCCCCUCCUCCGCCACCACAGCCAAGGGCUAAACCUCAGAGUAAGUAUAGAGAACUGACCAUUGUAAAGCAGGAUCAUCAUUCAUCCCCACCCCCUCCUCCUCCACCACAGCCCAGGGCUAAACCUCAGAGUAAGUAUAGAGAACUGACGAUUGUAAAGCAGGAUCAUCAUUCAUCCCCACCCUCUCCUCCUCCACCACAGCCCAGGGCUAAACCUCAGAGUAAGUAUAGAGAACUGACCAUUGUAAAGCAGGAUCAUCAUUCAUCCCCCACCCCUCCUCCGCCACCACAGCCCAGGGCUAAACCUCAGAGUAAGUAUAGAGAACUGACCAUUGUAAAGCAGGAUCAUCAUUCAUCCCCACCCCCUCCUCUGCCAUUACAGCCCAGGGCUAAACCUCAGAGUAAGUAUGGAGAACUGACCAUUGUAAAGCAGGAUCAUCAUUCAUCCCCACCCCGUCCUCCGCCACCACAGCCCAGGGCUAAACCUCAGACUGUUGAACCAAGAAGUGCAGUGUCUGGAGAAAUACCACUACAAGAAUGGGAGACAACUCGCCCAGGUGCCAAACCUCCACCGGCACAACAUCCACUGGACUAUAUACAAGAGCAAGUCAACUUACAGAAAAAACAGCAGGCCAUGGUUCAAAUGUCACAUCCUCCCCCUCAAACUGGUCCUGGUUCACAGAGACAGAUGAUAUCACCUGCAGGGCAGACUGCUGGAGAAGGAUACAGGGGACCAGAGGAUCGUCAUCCACCACAGCAUAGAGAUAUAUUAGGGGAGUUUAUACAGAGUCCGAAGUUAAUGGGUCAUGGUGAAGGCAGUGGUUCUCAAAGAGACUUUAAAGAUGACAGACGUGAAAGGGACUUUGAUAGAUAUGAUGAUAGGUCAAGGGAUUCUUAUGAUUAUAGAAAGAAAGACGAAUAUGAACGUUCCCGUGAAAACUCACAUGAUCGGGAUGUAAGAGAUAACAGCAGAGAAAGGGAAAAAGAAAGAAGAAAAAAGGAAGCUUGGGAAAGAUUUAGGAAGAGAGAAAAUGAAAAAUCUAGGGAUUAUAGUGAGAGAGAUUGGAAUAGAAGUCCUGCAAGAAAAUCAGUAUCAAGGUCCCAUUCAAGGUCAAGAUCUAGAUCAUACUCAAGAUCUCCUGCUAGAUCAAGGACUCCUAGACGAUCUAUGUCUCCACGACGUACAAGAUCACCUAGAAGGUCACCAUCAAGGUCACCUAGAAGAUCACCAAGGAGGCAAAGGUCAAAUACACCAAACAUGACACCUGUUAGGUCACCAGAGCCAGCACAUCCAAGGUCACCUUCACCAUCACCACAGAGGUCAAGGUCAGAAUCAUUUGAGGAACCACCAGUUCAUGCAGUUCAGGUACCAACAGUUAUCCAUCAGCUUAGAGAUGCUCCAGUACCUAUUGGUAUUAUACAGCCUCCACCUAUGAGAGAAUUUCCCAUAAUGCCACCAGUAGAGGAACAUAAUCCAGGAGACAUUAUGGAUGAUGGGGAACAGGAAUAUCUAGAACCACUGACCCCUGACCAGGGAGGAAUGUUUGAGACAUCUGAUGGAGAACUACAGGAUGAUAAUUAUGAAAAUAUCUCAUCAGAUGAAGACAUGAUGGAACCAUCAGAACUUGCUGGUAUGGAUAUGUAUGAGAUAACAGAUGAAUUAACAGAUGAUUCUUGGACAUAUGAUAUUGGCAAUUAUGAUCCAUUUAGAGCUGAAGUCACACCACUUACUACAUUUCCUGACAUUUCUCAAACGAAAUUUGAACAGGAGAAACAAGUUUUGAUUAAACACAGAGAAAAGCCAGAAGAAGCCGUUACAUUACUGACUUUUAUUGAACAGUUUACAGAUGCUGAUCACCAUGCUAAAUGGAUUGAAUCGAUGGAGAGUGUCCCUGGUUUGUUACCAAAAGGACUGUUUUAUUUGUUAUACAAGGACAACAGAAAAGAUAUCUUAGAUACAUUGACAGAAUGGACAUUAGAGGGUUUGAAUCUAGAGAAGGUUAUCAGCCAGCCUGAUGCAGCCUAUAAAGUGCGUCAUUUAAAGAUGGGUAUCAGAGUGGCUGCCAGUCUGUGUAGCUGUGAUGAAGCUGUAGCUACAAACGUUCUGUCCAGAGAUGUACAACAUAAGCUGUUAGACAUUUUUACAGACCAGUAUACAUCUUUUUCUGUCAAACUACAAAUUGUUCAAGCUCUAGACCAAUCAACAAGGCUGUCUUGUGGUAUGGAUUGGUUACUAGGGAAACAUAGUCUCCAAGACAACACAGGUCAAGAAACUUGCUAUCAAAGAAUCGUAAAUAUAAUGCAGACAAAACAGGUUGUUAGAGUUAUGGUAGCCUUAACAGCUAUCAUUAAGAAAGUCCAUUAUUACGAAAUUAUGAGCAGGUUAACAUCAUUCACUGAAAGGGUUAUAAGUAUUGAUAUCAGCAAAGAUGACAACAUAAGUAAUGAGGACUGUCAGGAGAUGAUCAAAACCAUAGCUGACAUAACUAAAGUCUUCUCUAUAGCACCGCAUUUAAUUUCCCAGCCAAAGAGAGGAUUGCCAGGGAAGACCAUGUUUGAAGUAGCUGAGCCAAUCAGUGAUCCGUAUCCUAAUCUGUAUCACUAUGCCAACAAAUGUCACCUGCUACAGAGUCUACUGGUUCUUAUUUCUUCACCUGUUACAGGGAACCAUCCUAUAAUUUUGUCCUCCAUUAUAAAUCUGUUGCAGUUAUUUCUACACACUCAUCAUGGACUGUUGUAUCUCAGCUCUCAGACAGAGGUCACGAACAGUAUUGUUAAAUUCCUGAUUCAUGGACCAGAUUAUGGCCGUGAUGAUUCGGAUGACAACCCACUACAGAUAUUUGGAGUAGAGGUGAUACAUCAUCUACAGACACUUCAAUACAUAGAUCAACUUAAUGAGUUCCAUAAUAAAGAGGAUACUGAGCUUGAUGACAGUGGAGCUUUGGCCACACUACAUAACUUAUAUACCAUGACAGUAACAGCUGUGGGAAGAGACGCCCUUGUCAGAGUGUUUAGUGCUGAUUAUAAUAUCAAAUCUUUAUUACCAUUCAUUGAACUUACUGGAAUUGAAGAGAGAGAUGCUAAGUUAAAGAAGAGUGUGUGUGCCAGUUAUAGUUUACAGUUACUUCUGUUGGUGAUCAGGAACUCGUGUGAUGUUGGGUUACUGGAGAAGUUUAGUAACAGACUUGUACAGAUUUGUGAAGCAGAUUAUAGUAGUAAACUUUUAGAACUCCAGGAAUGGUUGGCUCCAAUCAAAUACAUUACAUCUUACAAUUAUGAUGGUGUGUCGUCUGCUGUACAACAACUAAAACAGGUGGUCGAAGGAAUGCAGAAAAUACCACGCCCACUCAUAACUACAUGUAGAAUACUGAGACAUAUGACCAUACCUAAAGAAACAGAGUACCCCGAGGAUGUCCCAGAAGAAAUAAAAUAUAAGUAUGCUUUACUUGAUGUUUAUGGAGAAGAUGCUUUCCCUAUCUUUAUAACAAUUCUACAGAAAGUGAAUGAUAUAUUGAUCAGAAAAUGGCAGCAGGGAUGUCCACAGAGUUCAGAAAAUAUGACUUAUUAUCUGGCUGUUGUUAAACCUUGUCUAGAAAUUGUCAAGUCUACUUUGUGUUUCCUGAUAUCAUCCAGAGGAGGGGAGUUUAAAGACCUUACCAGCCUCUCAGUUCUAUUUGAACUACAUACAAUCAUGUGUUCUGUUCCCUUAUCAUCAUACUUUAUUGAGGAUAUCCACCAGAUACAGAAAAAUGUGAUUGGGACAUUAUUGGCCUACACACAGCCUGUUAUUACAGCUAAGGACACUGAUGAAGCACUAACUGAGAGUCUUUGGACCAAGACUAUGAAAGAACUGAUUAAGUACACGACAAAGGCACCAUAUACCUAUCUGAGUGGUCUGUUGAUGAUUUCAGAAUUACUUCCCUUGCCUUUACCUCUCCAGACAGAAGAGAAGCUAACAGAAGAAGAGAUAAGCUUAGCAGUGAAUACCAGGAAGUUGUGGAGUGCUCAUCUUCACUCGCUCUCACCACAGAUACAAGAGAUGAUCAGGAUCUUAGCAACAUCUACUUGUCAGCCAUUACAACAGGUUCUUAGACGUGUCUGUUGGCAGUUGUCUGAUCUAUCAGCUUCUGCUGCUACCAUGGUAACAAAGUGUGUGUUGGAUAUGGUAGUUGUGAGUUUUGACACACUGGGAGCUAAACCUUUUCCAGUAGAAGGGGCAGAGGAAGGUGGAACGCAAGAAAGUAGAAUUGAAAGGGUUGCCUCCCCUUAUGCUAGUAAAAUGCUGAACUUACUGGCAUUUGUAUUGGCACAUCCACCUAUAAAAUGUGCCACACUACAUCUGAUGCUGAAAGCAGGAACUGGCUCUGAUGAGAAGUAUGGAGAGCUAUUAACCCAGUUCUUGGAAAUCUUAAAUUCAGUAUGUGACAGGCUUCCUCAUGUACAAGCUCAAGAAUGUAUUGUUUCAAUAAUCCAAAGUUUAUGUGAUGUUGAAGUUUCCAUGUUGACAGGAAGUAGUGAAUUCACCGACAAACAGAUUGCAUAUUCCCUGCCACAGCCUAGUGAUAUGGUAAUGAUAACAACAGCUUUACUUGACCAUAUGGGAAGUGCUGAUCACAAUUACGCCUCAAUUCUACCGUGUGUUAAGACCCUUGUCAUGUUAACAGAUCAUGAUUAUGGAUUUUACUUCUUAAAAAAGGUUUUAGAACAGAAGACCACUGCUUUAGGACGUCUAAUGGUUAGAAUAAAUACAACGUUCAGUAAAGACAGUUCUGAUUGUUUAUUAACUUUAUCCACGUUACUGGAAUUCUUACGUCUGCUUGUCUCUGUGGAGAGUCCCAUGGCAGGAAUUACUGUGACAAGAACUUAUACAUUAUCUCAGAAAGAACUUCACCAAGUGUUGUCAUGGAAUCCAAGCAUGGAAAAUCAUCCAUUAUUAGAUUUGGAAAAACUCUUAGAGGAAUUUGCCAAGGAGGAUGAGGCAAUGAAGAGUUUACUGGACAGUAUGACAGCCUUAAUGAAGAUGCUACGAGAACCUGAAACAGUACAGGAUAAGAAAACAAGUAAUCCCACAAUAUCCAUUUAUGUGACUCAUCCAGCCAAAACUGCCAAAACAGGGGUUAAGUUUUAUUUUGAGAAAAAGGAGAAUGAAAAGGAAACAGACUCAGUUCCAGAACCAGCUAAUAUUGAACCAGAGUCGUUAUCUAACUUAUUUGUGAUGAGGUCUGUAUAUGAGAUAAGUAAUAUGGAGGAUGAACGACUUAAUGAGGCCUAUUGGCUGUCGAAUCCUAUCACAGAUGAGGCAGAUGUAGAACCAGACCUGAUUAGAAUGGACAUGGAGGAGAUCUGUAGUAAAUAUUGUCCUGAUUAUAACCUAGAAGAAGAACUGAAGAAAACAACUGUGUCAUCAAAUGAGGAAGUAACUAAACCAAGGAGGUUAAGACAUGGAGAUAGAAGAAAAUCACAAGAAAUCAAUCUGUAUAGAGGCAAAGGAUUAAAAAGACCUUUUGUGGCCCCAAUGAGAGGACGUGGAAUAACCAGAGGCCUACUUAACAAUAGUGGUAGAUCUGAUAACUUCCGAUGUCGACCACCUAACACUAGUAGACCACCAUCAAUGCAUGUUGACGAUUUUAUGAAGUUAGAGAAAGGUGGAAAUUAUGAAGGUGGGGCCGGAGGUGGUGCUCAACCUGGUCAACCUAGACAAGAGGAUUUCAAUCGUAGAAUGGAUUUCAAGGAGAUGGGUAGAGGUGGUUUUAGAGGUCGAGGUUUUGAUAGAGGUCGUGGUAACUACAGAGGCAAUAGAGGAGGAGGAGGAGGAGGAGGAUUCUUUACACCACCUGGCAAUAUCAGAAGUCGAGAUUCAUCUAAUAAUAUAUACAUUACUCAAGGAGACAGUGGCGGUGGUAGUGGCGGCGGCAGUGGUGGUGGAGGCAGAGAAUAUGAUAACAGACAGAAAACUAAUUUCACACGACCUUUCAGUAGAGGGAAUAAUCGCCCAAGUUUUGAUGACCGUAGAGGACGAGAUUUCCGUUUUUCUCCUCGAGGUGGGAGAGGGGGUGGAGGUGGAGGUAAUAAUUACUGGCAGAAUAAAGAAUCAGAUGGAGACAGAUUUAACAAUUCCUCCCAGUUUUAUGGCAGAAGAGAUGAACACAAUCCAUCAAGACAUGUUCGAUCAUUCACCAAAUAAAAGACAUUGCUUAUAAAGACACUUAGAUCAUGAUCAAAACUCAUCAAAUAUGAUUUUAUGAAAUAAAUAUUGUACAUUCAAA